AUAGAUAAGUGAAGUACGCUGAUGUCAGGAGCAGUUGUGUUGAUUUCCGCAAUAAAUUUGGUGCUCUAGUUUCUCCUAAAUAUACAAUGGAGAUUCAGAUUAUUUUUAAUUUGAUUAUUUACUACUUUUUGAAGUUAGAUUUGAAUCGUUUGAAUGUUGUUAAUUGCUGGAAUUUGAGAGAUCGCUUCGUUUUCACAAAUUUGACAAGUUCAGAAUGGAUUUUCGUCCGACAUAUCCGCUUGUCUGCGAAUGAUUACAUCAAAGAUAUUCAGAAUUUGUGCCAGUAUGGAUCGGGCGCAAGAGAAGGAUUCGUUUUUGAUUAUUCGUGCCUGGACGCACCACAGGCUUUGAAACAGUUUUCACAGCAAAAAUGUUUCACUAUAUCACGGUUUUGGCUCAUUUUUGAAAAUACGACCAAUCGCAUACUUGGAGGUUUACGGGAUACCAAUCUAAGUGUUGACGCUCAUAUAACAUAUGCAAGGUCGUUUGAGUUACUUGGUAACCACUCGGCCUUAUUCAAUCUCUACGAUGUUUAUAACAACGGAAAAGCACUUGGAGGGCUCUUGAACGUGACUUUUGACCGAACCCUUAAUUGUUCAAUAGGGAAAGGCUCUGGACAAUAUUCGCCGUGUAAGGUUGUCCGUAGAUCCAAUCUUCGUUCAGUAUCCUUUUUCCAAAAUCGAGCCACCAUGUCAGAUCUCACCAUGCGAAUUUCAUAUGUGUUAGCUGGAAUCGAUAUGAAUCAGCCGAAGGAGGUAACUCUUGGAUUUAUGAAGACUUCAGACGAACUACAUCUAAAUUAUGUUCCGAGGUUUGGAUUUCGGUUGGGUAUGCUUUUAAGAGAUAUAUUUGGCUAUAAUAUCACUUGGGUCUUCAACAAUAUGUGGUCAGAAACUUGGUCGACUGGAGGGGCGCUUGGUGAAAUUCGAGACGACCGGGUGGAUCAAAGUACAUGCCUCUAUGCAAUGGAUGCACCACGGCUUGAAAACAUUUGGGUUGUUUUUGAAGCAGCUAAAAUUCGUACUACUUUCUUUUUUCUGGCAUACCAUAACUCUGAGAUAAGUGUCAAUCGUCUUGCAAAACCAUUCCAUUGCACCGUGUGGAUUUGUGUCAUCGUCGUACUUACUGUUUUUAGUUUUGGGUUACGAGAGGUUCUAAUCCUGGAAAGAAGAUUGCAUCAUGGCCGCACAUCGGCUCCAUCGUUUUUCUCUACGAUGUUAAGCAGUUUUGGUACCAUUUGUCAGCAAAGUUCUCUAAUCAUACCAAGAACUCUAGGUGGAAGGCUAUCAUGCGUGUUCUUUCUAAUUGCAAGCUACCUACUUUACAAUUACUAUACCUCGUCAAUCGUGGCAUUUCUCUUAGGACCACCAGUCAAAUCUGAUAUCAAGACGUUAAGGCAGCUAGCUGACAGCAACUUGAAAGUAGGAUUGGAUGAUAUACCCUUCACACGAGCUUAUCUAAAUUACCAAGAACCGGAAAUUUCAUAUUUCAUUAAAAAGAAAAUAAAACCUUUAAAGGAUGAGGAAACUGUUUGGUUACCAGCAGAUGAAGGAAUUCAGGAAACCCGAAAUCGGAGGUUCGCCUAUCAUUGUGAAGUUUCCGUUGCAUAUAUAUUCAUGGACAAGUAUUACACACCUGACGAAGUUUGUGAUGUAAAUAUGGUAGACCUCAUGUCUCAGAAAUCACUUGCCAUCCUCCUGAAGAGAGGGUCGCCAUACAGGGAUGCUUUUAAAACGAAAUAUAUUUGGAUGAUGGAAACAGGCCACGUGUCCAGGCAUCAACGGUACUGGUUUAAAAGGCAACUACCAUGUAUGGCGCAAAAUGUAAUACGCAGUGUUAGCUUUAGAUAUGCUGCUCCCAUAUUUUUUAUUGUACUGGUUGGCAUAGGUGUGUCAGUUUUGAUAUUAUUUGUAGAAAUCUUGAUUGAUCGCAUUCAAAGGGGAAGAUAUCAGGAAUGCAUUGAUACUUCAACAUCAGAAAAAUAUUAA